AUGGCGUCGGAAGAACACUGCUCGGUACCACCUCGAUGGCGGUCGAUAUCGUUAACCCACGUAGAGUUCCCUGCUGGUAAGUGUAUUGACUAAUCAUUCUUAUUUUACAUUUGUCUGAUAAAUGCUCGAUGCUUUGGUAAUGUGCAAGAUAUCGUGGGAUGUUUUGCAACUGAAUGGGCACGACCGACGUGACCUGCCAAAUAGUGAGACAAUAAAAAGCGUAGACACAGCUUCGCAGGGAACGUAGCUAACAUUAACUGCCAAAUAGUGUGACAGUUCCGCAUGCGCAGUUGGAAAAAUUGUCCACAAUGCAAAGAUAACUACUUCGAGCUUGCAUUGCUACAUACAAUGUUGCAUUUAAAUGGUCAUGAAACAGCGUAUGGCCAGAAUAAAAUGUAGUUUGCCGCGUAUAGUUUCCUACUUGACUAGUUACUGGCCCAGUAUAGCCAACUAGUUUUUAUUGAUCGCAAAGUAGCUAGUUAGCUGAAAGACACUGUACGGUAGUAAGUUGGCUAGUAAAGGUUACGCCUUCCAAGCCUAAAAAUGGACAAAACGUAUGUGGAUAGUGUUACCUUUAUCACGCAAAUUGAUAAUUUGUAAUGUACACACACUUUGACGUUAGCUAGUUACCUAGUUAGCUAAGUUAGCUCGCUAUAGUAGUAACCAACCAACUAGCUAGCUGGCAAACUAACCCUGCACCCGGUGGUAUCGAUACAAAAUGAAUCUCAUCAUGCAAUUAAACUAGCUAAAUGUAUGGUGUUUGAAUAUUAACUUAACAAUUAGCUGUAUAAGAUCCAGGCAUUGAGAAUGUAACUGCUGCUUGAUGCAUGCCCAUUCUCCUUCAAUCAUAACUGAUCUGACAGUAAGUGCAUUGGAAAGGUAAAGGCAUGAGAACUCGCCAUAGCAUAUUCACCUUCCACCUGAGAGUCAUAACUAGAUAGGUAGCCACCCCACAACCUAUAUACCCCCAUGCCCCGCAGCAUGUUCCCCUGAAUGUUCAAAUUGUCUGUCUUGCAAAGGGAUUGUGUAUAUUGUAUUUUUUUACACAAAGGUGAUCUGACAGGACAAUUGUUGGCCUACACCAGCCUGCUACCAAUAGCGAUCCUUGUGGGCUUUGUCACCCUCAUAGUGUUCAAGCGUGAACUGCACACGGUAAGUAAUGUAACCCAGAUCCUUGCCCCAUAUGGGUACUCUAUUACAAAAAUCCAGAAAGGAGGUCCCAAAUGGGGCUAUCCAAAUCCAUGCUGGACUACUAAAUGAGGACAGGACACGUGUCACACUCACACAUGACGCACGCUAAACCUCUACCUAAAGAAAUGCUUGUACAAGGUCAUAUAGAUGAGAUUAUUAUUGGCCAUUAAUAUGAAAGAUUAGGGUAAUAUUGCAAGAUACAUUACUGUAAGCACAUUUCUAAAAGCUGUAUCCAUUCACAGUGUGGACACCUAAUCCUUUUCCCAUUCCUCUUUCAUAGAUCUCCUUCUUUGGUGGGCUCGUACUGAACGAAGGGGUGAACUGGCUGCUGAAGCAUAUUUUAAGGGAGCCCCGCCCAUGUGAAGGUGAGGAAAGUGACAAGCCACUUACUGUAGUGACCUAGUACAUACACCAAUAAUAAGUGUCUGUCUGUGCAUCAAAUAUACACUAGGUCGCGGCCAGACACAGAUUUUGUAUCUGUCUAACACAGAUGAGCCAAUGGGUUUUCUAUGGUGCCUAUAUGUUGAUGGACAGUGGAGGGAAUAGGAAGUAUCCACAGUUUUGCCCGUUGUUAAAACAUGCGUAACUCACCCGACUGUCCAUCAAAAGUUCAAUUAAACUUUUGAUGGACAAUAAUGGACAUUGACGAAGGCAUUUGUGUUUUUCAUCCGUUUAAUAUCAUCCAUAUGUCUGCCUAAAGCGGCUAUUUGUGAUGAAUUUCAUGUCCAUUCUCUUCCCCAAUCUUUUUCCAGGAGCUCACGCAACCCUGACCACGGAGUAUGGGAUGCCCUCCAGUCAUUCCCAGUUCAUCUGGUUUUUUGUUGUUUAUUUCUUUCUUUUUCUUUAUUUAAGGUGAGUGACUGUUCUCUCCCAGACUAUGUUUCGAAAAAAUAAAUGAUAACAAUGGUCACGAAAGUGAUUAUUUUCCAUAGUCAUUUUGCAUACAUGACAUUUGAUGUUGGCUGACGCACUUUGCCCGUGUCUAGAAUGCAUCAAACGAACAACGCUCGCUGUGUGGAGCUGCUGUGGAGACACAUACUGUCCAUCACCUUGUUGGGAUUGGCCUUAUCCGUGUCAUACAGCAGGUGAGGGAGGGAGGGAGGACAAUGGAGGGGAGGGUGAGACUUAGUGUAAAAAUAAAAUAAUUACCUUUUUUCUUGAGUUGAAUGUAUUUUUAGAGCAUGACACAGUUGCUCAAUUUGGUCCUAACUCCUCAAAUCAUUUUGCCGUUAAUAACUGUCGUAACUAGCUCAACCCAAAAAUUGCACAAGAAUAUUUAUCAAAACAAUGCUCAAUGACUAAAUUGUGUUUUUUUUCUUCUUCUCAGGGUUUACCUGUUGUACCACACCUGGAGUCAGGUAUUCUAUGGGGGAGUGACCGGUAGCACCAUUGGAGUAGUCUGGUUCGUCUUCACACAGGAGGUGCUGACACCGCUAUUCCCCAAGAUGGCAGCAUGGUAAAGAACCGGGACAUCUCUCAGGGGGGCACACAGGCUUAGCAGGAAGUGAGCCAUCAGAGCCUGGCACAGAUCUGGGCAGAAUGCACUGUAGCUACAUAUUCUCAGUGACUCUGAUGUUUUUCAUUUGAUAUGAUGUACUUUUUCUAUUGUUUCUCCAUUUGUAACUUUGUCCCACCUCUCUCCCAAAAAAAAAAAAACCCUGACUGCUGACAGGCCGAUAUCAGAGUUUUUUCUGGUGAGGGACACAAGCCUGAUCCCCAACAUCCUGUGGUUUGAGUACACGGUGACCAGAUCAGAGGCA